UGUAGAACUGAAACUCGAGCCGGUAGUAGGGGGCGUGGUCGUGACGGUCCCGCCCCCCGGCCAUCACGUCGCCAUAGCAACGGACUCACCAUUGGUCCUGCGCGCGCAUGCCCGUUACCCCCACUCCGUUACCGGUCCACUCGCUAUUCCGUGUUCUCAAAGUUUGGAAGGCACUUCAGUUAGUCGAUGAAAGCUAAAUAGUGCGUCCCCCACUCUCGGUCAACACGACGCGAGCUUAGGCUACGCUGUUUGUUUUUUCAAUCGGGCCGAGACCCCCCGAACCUGUUGCUAAAACUGACCAGUCCUGUGUACACAGUCGGAGUGAGUGUUUGGACAGCGAAUUUCGGACACGUAAACGGAUAUGCGGUUACAGUGAGUGUAUGUUUGUGCUAUGACUAUGUUAUCGUCGCAGAAGCUAUACGCGGACUCGGUGUCUAGCGCCAUGAGCACGGCCGCCGCGGUCAACACCAUGAGUCCGUCCAUGACUCCGACAUACUCCAUGAACUCUAUGAGCUGCGUCAGCAUGAACUCGUGUUCACCUCAAGCUGGUGGCUUCAGCUCCAACAUGCUCGCGGGCUCGGGCAUGAGCGGUAUGAGCAUGAACGCCAACUGCAUGUCUUCAGGAGGCAUGGGCUACGCACCCAACAUGAACGGCGUGGGUUCCUGUAUGGGAUCGAUCAACUCCGGGUACAACGGCGCUCUGGGACCUGUGGGUAUGCCAGGAGGAAGAGACCUAGUGCCGGGCGACGGAGGUUCGCCAACUCCAGGGUCGGGCGUACACCGGGGACGCAUGGAGAAGUCUUACCGUCGCAGCUACACACACGCCAAGCCUCCGUACUCCUACAUCUCCCUCAUCACCAUGGCCAUCCAGAACUCUCCCAUCAAGAUGUUAACGCUCUCGGAAAUCUACCAGUUUAUCAUGGACUUAUUUCCCUUCUACCGCCAAAAUCAGCAGAGGUGGCAGAAUUCGAUUCGUCACUCGUUAUCGUUCAACGAUUGUUUUGUCAAAGUGCCGCGAACUCCCGAUAAACCGGGGAAAGGAUCUUUUUGGACUCUGCACCCCGAUUCGGGAAACAUGUUCGAAAACGGAUGCUACCUAAGAAGACAGAAGAGAUUCAAAGAUGAGAAGAAAGAAGCGAUCAGACAGUCACACAAGAGCUCCGUUUCUCCGCACCAUCAUCACCACCACCAUCACGGCGGACCGGACGAUAAGAAACCUCUGGACAAAUUGGAUAAAGUGUCAUCGGAACUCGGUCUGCAGGGGUCGAUGUUGGGGCUGCACUCGUCCGGCAAGAUAGACGAUCCGAUGUCGACGUUACUGCACGGCAACGGCGAGUUGUGUCUUCAGCCGCAGCACGGCGGUCAGCAGGGGCUGCAACAGGACGACCUGGCGGCGAUGGUGAACCGCUGUCACCCGCACCUCGUCCCCGACCACUACAACACCCACCUCAAACAAGAGUACGCGGCGGCCAACCAUCCCUUCAGCAUCACCAGGCUGCUACCCGCGGAGUCCAAGGCGGACAUCAAGAUGUACGACAUGGCCGCACAGUACGCCGGGUACAACGAGAGCUACUACCAGAGCUCCCUGUACCACGGACCUGCGGGCACGACGGCGUUGUGACAGUACCCUCUGGCAUAGGCCUCCGCCCCGCCGUCGCCACCAUCGUCGCUCAACCAUAGGUAUCCUCACUACAACCAUCACUACCCUUCACAUCACAGGUAGAUACAGUGUUGCUAAACUGGACUGCUAGAACAUUAGUCGAACUCAAUUUUAGGGGUUUAUGAUUUUUUUAUUGGAUGCAUAAAAGUUAAGUGUAGGCCUAUAUAGGCUCUGAAAUGAGAAUAAUUUAUCCUCUCAUAAUUUCUCGUUUGUUCACUAAAAUAUUAAAUAUGCAUUACGUAUCAUAAUGAUAAUUUUUAAUUUGAACGAUUUACGAGAGGUCAAGUAGUACAUAUUUGUUUAAGGAAAAUUAAAUUAUUCUCUAGUUUAUUACAACAUUAUAAUUUAUCAUGAUUCAAAUCUCCGUAUAAUUAAGUCCAAUAGCCUGUUAUAACAACACUGUGUCACCAGGAGGUCCGAAAUAUUGUAAAAUAAUUUCCUUACAAAUCUGUAAAUCUCUCAAUGUGGUGACGUGUAAAAAGCUAGUGUUAAGAAGUUAUUGUUUGUACAUAUUUACCUAAUUGUUACAAUUUUCGUCCAAUCGGCAAGUUUUUCUUGCCCGUAGCACUCUCGCCGUGUUGACGGUUUUUUGCAAUCUCAUUUUUGUCUCGUCAAAUCGACUUUGUAGAUAAUUGUAAAAAUGUCCGAUUGUUAGAGUAAUGUUUAGUUGAUAAUUUUGUAACUUGUAAAUGACACUUAGGAAUCUCUAACUCAUUAUAAAGAUCCGCGAUCGACUGAUGUAGAAAACAACUAAUUUAGAUAUUUAAUAGUUAUACGUUCAGUUAGGUGAAAUGAAUAUUUAGCAAUCCAUCAAAAUUAACGUUGGAUAACAUUUAGUCCUAACAUUUUAAUUUCAGUUGUUUUUGAUUUUGUUUAACUCUGUCAUAAUUGCUUUUUUUAAUAUUAUUACACUGUAUCUUUUAAAAAUACCAUUUCAUCAAUUCAUUUGUAAAUUAUUUUCUGUUUCGGUAUAAACGAAAUGAUAAAAAUGUUUUUUAAUGUACGUGCGCUAAAUAUAAAGAGUUUUACGCUAUAAAACACAGGACAAAUUCAAAAUUGAUAAUCGACCUAAGUAAUUUUGAAACAUAAAGCUAUCUCUUACGGAAAGUUACUAUGACGUAUACUCAGUAUUUCUUGGCAUCUUUUACUCUGUUGUAAGUACUGUAAUGGACUCGGAUGAUUCAGACAGGAAGAGCGGAGUUAUCAGGGAAUGCUCAGGUUAUCAGUUAUCAGUCCCACCUCAAAUCUUUCAAUUGCCUUAGAUAAGGCGAGCCAUGAUAAGAGACGCGGGCUACCUGCAAAGGUAUCUUUCAAAUGUUGGGUUACAUUCAUUAUCAUUAUCGGCAGAUACAGUGAAUCAUCGUGUAUAUUUUCGGUAACAUAUGCAGCGUUUUUAAAUACAGGUUAAACGUCCUAAAGGGUUGUAGACCGUAUCUAGGGCACGCAUAAAUAAAUAAACAAACAAGUUGUAAUAUUGAUUUAGGUCCCUUAUGUAAGUUUUUUCAUUGAUUGAAAAAGUAGGGAAUUUAAUUAUUGUGUUGUUAUUUAUUAACAAAACGGUAAAGAAGUUUAUAUUUAGCAUAAUGCAAUAAGUUCUCGAAUCCGUGAGUCAUUCAGUAGGUUUCAUAUAUUAUAAUUUAAUUUUGUAUAGGAUGUAGUGAAACGCUUUUUUUUACAUAACAUAGGUCACAAUAAAGACACUAUUUGAAUAUAUAAUCAGAUUUAUAUCGCUAAGGAAUCUACGCAUACACGAUUAAAAAGUAUGAAGGGUACCUUCGAAUUUUCAUGUCCAAAAAACAAAUAGUUAUAAAGUAUGUUCGUUCCCGACGCUUAUUCACCUGGCCCACAACGUAGGUCUGUGCUGCACGAACGUUGCUACAACUGCAUUUAAGGUUGAUCUGAGAUGUUUUAUUAUCAUCGAAAUGUUACUGUUUUCAGUUAUUUUAUGUUAUGUAUGUAAGUUACCAGUCCACUGUAUUUUUUAUUUUUGUAGCCUCAUAAAUAUGUAUACUAUUCUAUGGUUCUAUCUAAAGACCUCGCAUGCCCAUUGCCCAUUUUAAAAUCAGAACAGUGAAAAUGUAAAAACUCGACACUGUCGUAUGUGAAUUUCAAAAACAUAUGACGACAGAUGAUUUCGACAAUUUAUUGUAUUAAUGCAUGAACAAUAUUGAAAAUGAGUGUUUACUAAACAGUGAAUAGUUUUUACGGAUUGUUUAUAAAAAGCAAAAGAUGUCUGUGAUGUCCAAACUUUUGAUAUUAUUUCACGAUAAAUUCAUUGCUGUUCUUAUGUAUCACAAUAUUUUCAAAGAUUUGUGUUAACUUUAACGUGUUACUCAAUAAUUGCCCUUGAAGUGUUAAAAUUGUAUUAUAGCAAGGUAGCUUAAAUUGAAUCUUAUUGGCCACUUCGCCAACAUAACUUAUUAAUUUUUGUUGUAUAUUAUUUUGUAUUAUACAGUAAAUCAAUGCUAGUAUGUUUUUUACACGCUAGUUUAACUCAUAUAUUUGAAUUACACUAGUUUUAAUAUCUGUACAGCGCGGCACAAGUGUACGUCCACACUGUAAAUAUAGAAUGUACAAUUAUUUUUUAUUCGAAAUAGAUUUUCUUUAUUCACUCAUCCAGUAUAUACAUAUUGCAUAUAUUGUGUUUUUAUAAAUAUAUAUUUGUCUGUAAAUAUAAAUGAAUGUGAGGAUGAA